CAGCGAGUUGUUUCAGGUUAGCGUGCAGGAAAAGGUCGCGGAUUCUUGAUUCGCGUAAAUAAUGUUCGAUAUUGUAUAAUAAUUAUAUAAAUUUCCACGGAAAAGAAAUCAAUUUUUUGCAAUGGGAAAAGUUUUAUCAGUUGUUGUUCGUCAAGUAAAUCGAUUUAAUGUCGAAAGCCGUGCUGAAAAAGUGAUAUCCCAGUCCAAACCAAAGCCGGCUCCAAAAUUUCAAUCAAACUUAAAUGAUCUUCAAAGAGUCUUGGAUGAAAAUCCAGAUUUAAUUAAUGAGCUGAAUAAGAAAAAUACUGCAUUGGACAAUAAAUUAAAGCAGGUGUUUGUGACUUCAACUGAUGUGACUCCACAACCAGCCUCAAAGAAGCCAUUACCACUGCUGAGAACUAUUAGCGAAGAGUUUGAAUAUGGGCACAUGGAACCACAAUCUGUUCCUAAAGGACAUUGCACAUUACGUCAAGCAAUUGAAUUUAUUUCGAAUCAUCAUACUGUGCCAGAUAUAUGGACAUCAAGUAAAAUUGCUAAUGAUUACGCUAUGAAAGAAACACUAGUUAAUAGUAUUUUAAAACACUUUCACCCAUUUGGAAUACACCUCCCAGACAAAGCUGUCGAAAAAAGGAAACUCUUGAUGAAAAUAAAUUCGAAUAAAAGUCUUCAAAAUUAA